AUUUCUUGUAAAAAAAUUAUUGUAGAGUGCAUAAGAAAGAACCAUAUGACAUUUCAAUAUUCGCUUCCAGAUCCAUGUGCAUGUAGAAGUGGAGGAAACAUUUCAAAUUGGCCUUGCUUUAAGUCUAUAACUUUUUAUCCAUACUACCCAAAAAUAUCAUUUUUCUACCAAAAUACUCAAGAAGUGUCUCAUCACACAAGUCUGAUUCCAUAUACGAAAAUUUCUCACUCGAAAAAUUAGAUAAUAUCGUCAGCAUGAACAAUCUCGUUUAUUAAAGUUGUUACAUGGGUAAUCUCAUCAACAAUGGUAUUCGUAUUCGACGAGAAUACUAGUGUGAGGAUAAUACUAAGGAGCGGCGAUUCAAGGAUUUCUAUAGGAAAAUAAAACCAAAUUUAUAACUAGUCAUGUGUAGUCGAGGCACUAGGGUUUAGAAUUGCAAGUUGACUUGCCUUUCGUGGAGAAUAAUAUAGUAAGAAAUUAAUUUAAUUACGUCUCGAUCGGGUUAUUAUUAGUUUGAUUUUAUAGUUUUGAUCUGAACCGUAUCAAAACUGAAAGUUCCCAAAAUUUAGGAGCCAAAAUCAAAUCGAAAGAUGAACGAUUAGAUUCGAUCUGAUGUGAACUAAAUUGUUGUCCAAGCCUAUGAGUUCUUCUUACAAUAAAUUGAACAUCGACAAAUUUAGGUUCCUCAAUAAUCCAAAAGUAAACAUGGACCAUCGAAUACAAUGAAACCUUAUUUUUUUAAUUAAUGAAACCUCAUUUAAUUACAACUAAUGAAUGAAAAAACGAGAAACAAUUGGAAGCGGCUGCCCUACUCUCUUUUUCUAUAUAGGAAACUUCUGUGGCCGGCCGGGAAACUGCUCAUCAGAACGGCAAAGACAAAACAACGGGAAACGCCAGCGAGGUUCCGUCGUUUAAUACAGUUAACGACGGAAAAAUCCCGUUGAAGUCUCAGAAAGCAUCCACUUUCUGGCUUUAACCAAAAGCGUCUUCACGGAGAAGCCGUCUGCAACUCUACCAGUCUAUCUAAGCAUCACCUCCAUUCUUCUCGUCGUCAUCCCUUCCAUUCCCAUAAAUAUCACCGCUACAGAGCUCCGAGCUUUCCCAAACAAUUACAGACCCAGAAGUUGAAAAUGGCAACCAGUGAACAAAUCAGCAACGGAAAGACCAGCUCCUUCUCCAACCUCAUCCCUACGAUCAAGUUCACCCAGCUCUUCAUCAAUGGCCAAUUCGUCGACGCAGUUUCAGGAAGAACAUUGGAGACGAUAUCGCCAAGAACAGGGGAAGUAAUCGCCAGAGUCGCCGAAGGCGACUCCGCUGACGUGGAUCUCGCCGUCGCAGCAGCUCGCCAAGCCUUCGAUCACGGCCCAUGGCCUCGAAUGUCCGGAUUCGCGAGGGGCAGAGUCCUGUCGAAAUUCGCGGACUUGAUAGACCAAAACGCGGACGAAUUAGCCGGACUGGAAUCCAUCGACGCCGGCAAGCUGUUCACCUUCAACAAAAUGGCCGACAUCCCUUUCGCGGCGAACCUCCUCCGGUACUACGCCGGCGCGGCGGACAAAAUCCACGGCGACGUGCUAAAAAUGUCCAGAGAGCUUCACGGGUACACUCUGCUCGAGCCGAUUGGAGUCGUCGGACAUAUAAUUCCAUGGAACUUCCCUUGCACCCUGUUCUUCUCGAAAGUCGCGCCCGCCCUCGCCGCCGGCUGCACGAUGGUGGUGAAGCCCGCAGAGCAAACCCCUCUCUCGGCUCUUUUCUUCGCCCAUCUCGCCAGGGAGGCCGGAAUCCCCGACGGAGUGAUGAACGUGGUGGUCGGGUACGGCGCCACGGCCGGGGCGGCGAUCUCGGCUCACAUGGAUGUCGACAAGGUGAGCUUCACGGGCUCGACGGAGGUCGGACGGAAGGUGAUGCAGGCGGCGGCGCUGAGCAAUUUGAAGCCGGUGUCGCUUGAGCUGGGUGGGAAAUCGCCGGUGCUGAUUUUCGACGAUGCUGACGUGGACAAGGCUGUUGAUCUUGCUCUCCUCGCCAUUUUCUACAACAAGGGAGAAGUUUGUGCGGCGGGGUCCCGUGUGUUUGUUCAAGAAGGGAUCUACGACGAGUUUGUGAAGAAAUUGGCGGUGAAGGCUAAUGAAUGGACCGUCGGCGACCCUCUUGAUCCCACGACUCGGGUUGGACCUCAGGUCAACAAGACACAAUUUGAAAGAGUGUUAUCUUACAUUGAGCACGGCAAGAGAGAAGGAGCCACGUUAUUAACUGGUGGCAAGCCGGCAGCCGAGACAGGGUUCUACAUCCAGCCCACUGUUUUCACUGAUGUCAAGGAAGACAUGAUGAUAUCCAGGGAUGAAAUCUUCGGACCAGUGAUGGCUCUAAUGAAGUUCAAGACGAUAGAAGAAGGGAUCAAGUAUGCAAACAACACGAAGUACGGCCUUGCUUCGGGGAUCGUUACGAAGAGUUUGGACAUCGCGAACACGGUGUCGAGAUCGAUCAAAGCCGGCGUCGUUUGGAUCAAUUGCUACCAUGGGUUCGACAUUGACUGCCCCUUUGGAGGCUACAAGAUGAGCGGAUUCGGCAAAGAUUUUGGAAUGGAAGCCCUUCACAAGUAUCUCCAGACCAAGGCUGUCGUCACUCCUAUCUACAAUUCUCCCUGGCUUUAAACAAACCCUAAUAAUCCAUCAAUCCAUCCAUUUGGUUAUGAAAAAUGUUUCCUUGAGACUUUCAAACAAUGGCAAUUUUCAUUUUACCGGUACCAAAUAAGCAAAUUUCUUAUGCUAUGCUUUACAUCUUUUUUUCCCUAUGUAUUAUCAAAACAUUUACAGCAGAAUAUUUCUCAUUUCAAUCAACGCGAAUAAAUUACAAUCAACAAACAAACACCAUGUCCAAAUCCAGGCUGAAUCGUCAAACAAUUGUAAUGAAAAUCCAACGGUGGA